AUGACGGAGUCCUUCGAAAUCUUCUCUUCCCUGCGCUUCGAUCCGAAUCUCCCAGAAGCAGCCUCUCGUCAUGCACAGAGCUACCCCAAUCCUCACAAAUCUCCCUACUAUCUAUUUCGCUAUCACCAAGACCGGCUGAUAGCAGCUGCCCGUGACUUUCAAUGGACAGAAGCAUUGGAAUGGCUGGAGCAAGAUCUCCAAAGCUUCGAGCACUUUUUCGACGCGUCCAUCCCAGACCGAAGCAAAGCAUGGAGGCUUCGAAUUGUAGUGGAUAAAUAUGGAAAAGUGAAUAUUGAGGCAAAUCCGACGGCAGAAAAUGAUAUAAUCAGCUUGUUCAUUCCAACUCUACACACAACCCCGAGCUUGCCUGUGUGGAGUGUCUACGUUGACACCCAGUCCACCACCCCUUCCAAAUUCACCACACACAAAACCACUGCACGAAAUGAAUACACCUCUGCCCGACUCAGGGCGAAUAUCAAUUCCCCGACAGAGACGUCGGAAGUGCUGGUGGUGAACCCGGAUGGCGAGAUUAUGGAAGGUAGCAUCACUACACCAUACUUCUUCCGGAGUCCCAUGUGGGUUACACCUCCGUUGAGCAGUGGCGGCAAUGCAGGUACAACACGGCGAUAUGCAUUGUCCCAGGGCUUCUGCAUAGAACAAAAUAUUACUCGGGAUGACCUUGUGGAUGGCGAGUCGUGUUGGUUAAGCAACGGCGUAAGGGGGGUUCUUGCGAGGCCAAGUUAUUUUGUCGUAGAUCAAAGUCUUUACUGCUAG